GAGCGAGCCGGGGCCGGGCCCGAGCCGGCGCCAUGGGGCGGCGCCGCCUGUGAGCCGCGGCGAGCGGAGCCGCGGGCGCCCAGCGGGGCCAGGCGGGCGGCGGCGCCCGAGGCCGACGGAGCGGCCGGGCCGGGCCGAGCGCGCCGAGCGGAGCGGAGCGGAGCCGAGCGGCGGGAGAGGCCGCCGCCGCCGCCAAGAUGGCGGACCUGGAGGCGGUGCUGGCCGACGUGAGCUACCUGAUGGCCAUGGAGAAGAGCAAGGCCACGCCGGCCGCGCGCGCCAGCAAGAAGAUCCUGCUGCCCGAGCCCAGCAUCCGCAGCGUCAUGCAGAAGUACCUGGAGGACCGGGGCGAGGUGACCUUCGAGAAGAUCUUCUCCCAGAAGCUGGGGUACCUGCUUUUCCGAGACUUCUGCCUGAAGCACCUGGAGGAGGCCAAGCCCUUGGUGGAAUUCUACGAGGAGAUCAAGAGGUAUGAGAAGCUGGAGACGGAGGAGGAGCGCCUGGCCUGCAGCCGGGGGAUCUUCGACACCUACAUCAUGAAGGAGCUGCUGGCCUGCUCGCACCCCUUCUCAACAAGUGCCAUCGAGCACGUGCAGGGCCACCUGGUGAAGAAGCAGGUGCCUCCGGAUCUCUUCCAGCCGUACAUUGAAGAGAUUUGCCAGAACCUUCAAGGAGACGUGUUCCAGAAAUUCAUCGAGAGCGAUAAGUUCACCCGGUUUUGCCAGUGGAAGAAUGUGGAGCUCAACAUCCACCUGACCAUGAACGACUUCAGCGUCCACCGCAUCAUCGGGCGAGGGGGCUUCGGUGAGGUCUACGGGUGCCGCAAGGCCGACACGGGCAAGAUGUACGCCAUGAAGUGUCUGGACAAGAAGCGCAUCAAGAUGAAGCAGGGGGAGACGCUGGCCCUGAACGAGCGCAUCAUGCUGUCCCUCGUCAGCACCGGGGACUGUCCGUUCAUCGUCUGCAUGUCCUACGCGUUCCACACGCCGGACAAGCUCAGCUUCAUCCUCGAUCUCAUGAACGGCGGGGACCUGCACUACCACCUGUCCCAGCACGGGGUCUUCUCCGAGGCCGACAUGCGCUUCUACGCGGCCGAGAUCAUCCUGGGCCUGGAGCACAUGCACAACCGCUUCGUCGUCUACCGGGACCUGAAGCCGGCCAACAUUCUCCUGGACGAGCACGGCCACGUGCGCAUCUCAGACCUAGGCUUGGCCUGCGACUUCUCCAAGAAGAAGCCCCACGCCAGCGUGGGCACCCAUGGGUACAUGGCCCCCGAGGUCCUGCAGAAGGGCGUGGCCUACGACAGCAGCGCCGACUGGUUCUCCCUGGGCUGCAUGCUCUUCAAGCUGCUGCGAGGGCACAGCCCUUUCCGGCAGCACAAGACCAAAGACAAGCAUGAGAUCGACAGAAUGACAUUGACUAUGGCUGUGGAGCUGCCUGACUCCUUCUCCCCCGAGCUCCGCUCCUUGCUGGAGGGGCUGCUGCAGAGGGACGUCAACCGGAGACUCGGCUGCCUGGGCCGAGGGGCCCAGGAGGUGAAGGAGAGCCCCUUCUUCCGUUCCCUGGACUGGCAGAUGGUCUUCCUGCAGAAGUACCCUCCCCCGCUGAUCCCCCCUCGGGGGGAGGUGAACGCGGCCGACGCCUUCGACAUUGGCUCCUUCGAUGAGGAGGACACCAGAGGCAUCAAGUUACUGGACAGCGACCAGGAGCUCUACCGCAACUUCCCCCUGACCAUCUCGGAGCGGUGGCAGCAGGAGGUGGCAGAGACCGUCUUCGACACCAUCAACGCCGAGACGGACCGGCUGGAGGCCCGCAAGAAAACCAAAAACAAGCAGCUGGGCCACGAGGAAGACUACGCCCUGGGCAAGGACUGCAUCAUGCACGGCUAUAUGUCCAAGAUGGGCAACCCCUUCCUGACCCAGUGGCAGCGGCGGUACUUCUACCUGUUCCCCAACCGGCUCGAGUGGCGGGGCGAGGGCGAGGCCCCGCAGAGCCUGCUGACCAUGGAGGAGAUCCAGUCGGUGGAGGAGACGCAGAUCAAGGAGCGGAAGUGCCUCCUUCUCAAGAUCCGAGGCGGCAAGCAGUUCGUCCUGCAGUGCGACAGUGACCCCGAGCUGGUGCAGUGGAAGAAGGAGCUGCGCGACGCCUACCGCGAGGCCCAGCAGCUGGUGCAGCGGGUGCCCAAGAUGAAGAACAAGCCGCGCUCGCCCGUCGUGGAGCUGAGCAAGGUGCCGCUGGUGCAGCGUGGCAGCGCCAACGGCCUCUGACCUGCUGCCCGCCUGCCCGCCCGCCCGGCCGCCCUCCUGCCCGCCUUUUAUAAACCUCUAAUUUAUUUUGUUGAAUUUUUAUUAUUUGUUUUUCCCGCCAAGCGGAAAAGGUUUUAUUUUGUAAUUAUUGUGAUUUCCUGUGGCCCCAGCCUGGCCCAGCCCCCAGGGAGGGGCCCGCUUGCCUUGGCUCCCGCUGCCACCCGUCCAGCCACCCUCUGCCCUGUCCUCCGGGGCCACCCCCCUCCUGACGUCUUCCCGCGCAGGGAGAGCGGCAGCCCCAGUAGCCCUCCCGCCCCUUCCCCAGGGACGGUGCCAGGUGGAGCUGGGCCACCCCCAGCCCUGUGCCUACAGCACAGCUGGGCGGCCCCAGCGUCUCCCACCCCCGGGGAGGCCGCGGCGCAGGGUUACUACUUGAAUUUUCCCUCCGCGGCCCCUCAUGUGACAGGGACACAGCCCUGCACUGGCCUGCCCUCUGGUCAGUUGGCAGACGAGGGGGCCAUCGUCUCCCUGACCCCAGGGCCUCCCACGUGACUUGGGCUCCUGUACCCUCUUUGGGGAAGAGCCCCCGUGUCACCGGCCGCCUCCAUUCCUGCCUGCCCUGGACACUGGGGCUUGGCUGGGGGGGCACUGGUGGUGGCUGCUGCCGCCCUCACUGCAGCCCCCUCUCCUUCCGACCCCAAGCGCCCAGGCUCAGGGACCACAGAAAGGCACCUGCGGGUUGUGCUGCGCUGGCCUGGCCUGGCCCCGAGCCCCCUUUCCCCAGGCCGGGCAUGGCCUCUUCUGCCCAGGACCACAGGGGGCCAGCCUGGGCUGGCCGGGCAGCACAUGAGAGGGGGCCGGGGGGACAGCCUUCCCCACCCCAGGCCGCUCAGUGUGCCGCGCCAGCCGUCCAGCCCCACAGCCCCACGUCCCGUCAGUGCCACCGCCCCCCCAGGGCGCCACCCCGCCCACAGCAUGCCCCCUCGUGCCAGUCGCGCUGCCGUGUGGUGUCGCGCCCUCUCCCCCGGGGCUGGGUCAGCGCGCCCUCCCCUCCCGUCUACUCACUCCCGGGGCGUUUCUUUGCCGAUUUUUGAAUGUGAUUUUAAAGAGUGGAAGAGGAUACUAUGCGUUUUUAUAAAAAAUGGUGCCUGA